AUGAUUCGUGAUUAUGAUCGCCUAGUAGAGACAGCAGCCCAUGUGGAGAUCAUGGUAAAGACAGAGGAGGUAAGGCCGAAAUUAAAGAGGACGGGACAUUCUGAAUUUAAGGGUGACAUGGGCUCUUCAAAAAGGUCUAGGGGUUCAUCAUCAUCAUUUCACUCACCCCCACAGCAGCCUAAAUCUUCUGAUUCAGUAAUAGGUAGAAGUUCAGGGAGUGUGGGUCGAAUCCAUGGUUCUUGCUAUAGAUGUGGCCAAUUGGGUCACAAAGCUUCAGAGUGUGGACAGAAGAGUGGAACACAGUCCCAACAUACGCGUCCACAGGGCCAAUCUCAGAAUAGGGGUCAGCUAUCGUCUUGUUAUCAAUGCGGCCAAACAGGGCAUUUGAAGAAGUCUUGUCCACAGAGAGCAGGGACUACUAGUGUGACAGGAUCUCGUCAAUCUAGAGGUUUUUAG